ACGGAGGCUCGAAGAGAGGAAGCAAGGCAGUUGGAACAGAGAAGGCUGGAAAAUGAACGGAGACAAAAGGAGGCUGAAGAAAGGCUGCGCAUACUGCAAGAAAAAAGACGAGAAGAAGAGAGAAGGCGAGCGAAGUAUCAACAACAGGGGCAACGAGAGAUACAACAAGAAGAAGCGAGAAAGAUAGAAGCAGAGGAAAGGCGCUUGCGUUUGGAGAUCGAACUGUGCCUCCGUCGAGCUGCGCUGUUUGACUACAAAUUUGGGAACAAGAUCAAACUGGAUAGUUUUAAAGGCCUGGCAAUAGAUGAUGUGAAACAACUCAGAAUCGGUGUGUUCGGACCUACUGGAUCGGGCAAGAGCUCCUUUAUCAACACGUGUGAACGAGCCGUGAGGCAGACAGAUAAAGGCACAGCUCCUGACAGCACCACAGGUCAAGUAGGAACCAUAAUUCUA